CUGCAUUUCCCCGUGCACCGUGAGACGUGAGGGCAAGCCUGCAGGGCGCAACCAGUCAACCACCCACCGCCCCAAUCCAGCACUAUUCAGCUACUAUUCCCCUACCCAGCCGCCACCGCCGUCGCGCGCUCAGAUGCAAAUCCUCCGCUCUAUUCUACGUCUCCUCCGACGCCCUAAAGUCGCCACCUCUCCUGCCCCAAUGCACCGCCUCUCAUCUCCUUCGCGAUCUCUCCUCCCUUUCAUGGCAUCUGCUCCGCCUCGCUGGUGGUCACCAGCGCUUGCGCGACGAGUUUUCCCACUCACGGCGGCUCCCAAUCCACCUGUCCGUCGUGUUUUCCGAUUUCCUCAUGGAUCUCGGAACAUGGCCACCAUCAGUCGAGUACAAGGCGAUGAGUCUGGUAAACCAUACAGGCGACUGCCCAUCUCUUCUGGUAAGGUUAUUAUUAUUUCCCAGGGCAACGAGCAUUCUGCGAUCGCCCAAGGCAUGAAAAACAUUAAGACGGACAAUUCAAAAAAAAUGAAAAACAUUGAAACGCGGGGCACAAUCUCGGAGGUUAUAGAUGAAGAUUUGAGGAGAAGUGAUAAAGAUGCUUGUAGGACAACCUCAGAGGUUAUAGAUGGCAAACGUAAUACAUGGGGCCAAAAUGUGAACCUCACUGGUUGUGAGGAAGAUCGAAGGAGCGCAACCAAGGAUCAUACGGCAGAAAUCGUUGUCAGUGAGGACGAAGAAGUCAGUGAUGACGAAGGAUAUACUGUGAAUGAUAUACUUGCAAAAAGCAGACACCGUGAUGGUUCUAUAUACAGGGGUAUGGAUUUAUGGUGGAAAAAAGAGUAUUGUAUUGCAGACCGUAAUGAGACUCGGUUGGAGGCAAUGAUGUUAUCAGAUCCCACAAAUUGCAUCAUUCGCAAUGGAACUUGCAUGAAACAUGAUCCUCGUCGCAUGCUACAACUUUUCUCAUUAGAGUUGGCUAAAACUCCUGUGGAUGGUGGCUUAGUAGAGUUGUAUGGAUACAUAGCAAUGCGGGAUGAUCUGGAUCCAUUGCUUAAUUAUGUCGUCAAUAUUAGCAGGGAUGAUCCCAUCAUUGUGGAGCAGGGUUCUCUCAUCAACAUGGCUGGCCCUAAGCGAGGGAUAGACAUGAUGGACUUUACUCUAAUCGAAUAUGACAUGAGGAUCAAGACAGGUGAACAAGAAAAAGAUGACCUACAGCUGAUCGAUGGUGCGUCAAUCAUAGGCCCUGCAGGCACAUGGAAUCGGCCAUUCACAUUUCACAUCCCUGGCGACUGUGGCGCAGUUGACAUAACUUUAUCACGUCUUAACAAUGCAGUUGAGGCGACUGUAGAGGUUCUCAUAUCGGAAGUGCAAAGCAGUUUCAAUUUGUCUCUCGGUUGUUUAACCAGUGGGUUGAAUGAGGAAAUCCGGCUCUUUGAUGGCACCAUCACUGAGUCACGUGGCUUACAGAGGUCUGUGGUUGCUGUAGUGAAGCAUUCUUUGAUAGAUUUGAAGUUCAAGGUAGGCACACUGUCAUCCAGUUCCGACCAACAUUGUUGUUCCUUCAAGGCGAAAACCCAUGGGCAUGAUACUCAAGAAAUAAAGACUGAUUUUGCGUUAAUCUCAGUGAAGGUGACUUGGUCGACUUUGCCUGGUAGCUUUUCUGCCUAAGGUUUGUCUGGCCAUACUAGACGAGUGGACCAAGAGACUAAGAACUUAGGCAGUCUAGAGUCGCGGACUGGUGACAAACUGGAGUGUAAUCAAACUAUUGUAGUAAGUCGGUCUUUGUACUAUCUACUUACAUAUUCGGCUCAGAGGCCAUGGAUGCUCCACAGUCGUGCAGUGCAGUUGUUUCACAUUUUGUUUCGUUUCACAUUUUGUUUCAUCUCUCCAUUAUUUUAGCACCAGGGGUUAGGUUAAAAAUACGGAGGAAUUUCCCAGCUACACAUCCAGAGAGUGGCUUCUCUGAUGAUCUUAGGUGGAUGAGAAUUGGGAAAGCGAGGGCGGAGGAUGUACAUGACUCCAGUUUCUGACUGAAUGUUUAGUUCUAGUUUCUGAAUUAUUUAUUAUGUAGUACAUCUUAACUCCGUAUGGAAGCUUUUCAUGA